GCCCUUUCUUGCUCCUUUCUCCUCAUAUCGGCAUCAACCGUGUAUACCAAUCCAAAGCUCGGUUUAGCAUUCGUACUCGGCUCAAAUUACAAUAGCCCCUGAACAAGCUCCACCAUGUCUCCCCCUGCUGCCAUGUUCGAAAGACCUACUGCCGCCGACGGCAAUGGCGCCACCAAAGACGUGGGUUUGAAGAAAGAUCUUGCUGUCAAGGCUGCUGCCAGCGGCCAGGCCAAGACUGUUGCUGAGCUCGAGCACAACUGGGACAGCUUCGCCUUUGCCCCCAUUCGCGAGUCUCAGGUCUCUCGUGCCAUGACCCGCCGCUACUUUGCCGACCUCGACACCUAUGCCGAGUCUGACGUUGUCAUUGUCGGUGCCGGCUCUUGUGGUCUCUCGACCGCCUUCACGCUGGCGACCAAGCGCCCCGAUCUCAAGAUUGCCAUCAUUGAGUCUGGCGUGGCUCCCGGUGGCGGUGCCUGGCUCGGUGGUCAGCUCUUCAGCGCCAUGGUCAUGCGUAAGCCUGCUGAGCUCUUCUUGAAUGAGGUUGGUGUGCCAUACGAGGACGAGGGCGACUUUGUUGUCGUCAAGCACGCCGCCCUCUUUACGUCGACUCUGCUGUCCAAGGUCCUGCAGUUCCCCAACGUCAAGCUGUUCAACGCCACGGCUGUCGAGGACCUCAUCACGCGCCCGGCACCUACCGCCAACGACCCCAAUGCAGUUCGCAUUGCCGGCGUGGUCACCAACUGGACUCUUGUGUCGAUGCAUCACGACGACCAGUCUUGCAUGGACCCAAACACCAUCAAUGCUCCCCUCGUGAUCUCUACAACGGGCCAUGACGGCCCCUUUGGCGCCUUUUGCGUCAAGCGUCUCGUCUCGAUGCAGCAGAUCGAGAAGCUUGGCGGCAUGCGCGGACUGGACAUGCGCACCGCCGAGGAUGCCAUUGUCAAGCGCACGCGCGAGAUUGUCCCUGGGCUGAUUGUCGGUGGCAUGGAGCUGAGCGAGGUAGAUGGGGCCAACCGUAUGGGCCCCACGUUUGGUGCCAUGGCUCUCAGCGGAGUCAAGGCUGCGGAGGAGGCCAUGAACGUGUGGGAAGAGAGGCAUGCUCAGAACGUCGAGUCUUUGUAGCUGUCCGUAGUCGAACAAGUCCAGCCAGCCCAGCAAAGACUGUCUGUAGUGUUGGCAUAAAUUCAAUACGUCAUUCGCUCUUGA